AUGGAUCAUACUUAUUUGAAAUGUUUAAUAAGUAUCCCAAAUAACUGUGGAUGUUCAGUUGCAGGACCAGCACUGCCUCCAGGUUAUAAAAGCAGCUGUAACUCAGAAACUCCUGACAGUGAUGACUCAGAAUCUCUUCCUCUACCCAGAGAUGCAAACGGAGAUUCUGAAGAGGAGACAGAAGGAGAUCCAGCACCCAAAAAGCCAAAAAGAGUUCAGGAAGAUGAUGAUGAUGAUGGCUUUUUUGGGCCUGCUCUUCCUCCUGGGUUUAAAAAACAGGAUGAUUCUCCAGAGAGGCCCAUUAUAGGUCCUGCAUUACCACCUGGCUUUAGGAAACCUUCGCAGGACGCCAGGAAUAGCAGAUGUUCCAUAGGACCGUCUGUUUCAUUAGAAUACUGUACCCAGGUAACAGAUAGUAGCGAGGAAGAAGACAAUCUUAUAGGCCCAAUGCCUGCAAAAGGACCCAUGGAGUCUGAUGUGACUAAAGAAUUUGAAUGGAGAGCUCAGAGAAUGAAGGAAAAACUUACUUCAGCAGACAGCGAUGAACCCAAGCAAGUUACCAGGGAAUCGUGGAUGACAGAGCUUCCACCUGAAUUGAAAAGCUUUGGAUUUGGCCCAAGAACAUUCAAGAGAAGAGCUGAUGACAAAUCAGGCGAUAGAUCUAUUUGGACAGAUACUCCAGCUGACAGAGAGAGAAAAGCCAAGGAAAGAGAAGAGGCAAAAAAGUCAACCAGUAAGGAUAGUGAAGAAAUUGUACUAUCUGGGAGAGACAAGAGACUUGUUGAGCAGGUGACUUCAUACAAUGAGUCUAAGAGAUCAGAAUCUCUCAUGGACAUACAUCAGAAAAAGCUAAAGAGCAGAGCAUCCGAAGAAAAGAACAAACCUCAAGAAAGAAGGCCAUUUGACCGAGACCAGGAUCUCAAAGUCAAUCGAUUUGACGAAGCACAAAAGAAAGCUCUUAUAAGAAAAUCCAGAGAUCUGAAUACUAAAUUUGAGCACAGUAAAGGCAAUAUGUUUUUAUAACAUAAAAGCAUGAAGCUUUUUUGAAGUGAAGUCAAUUAAACUUUGGAUACUUAAUUUUUUUAAGUAUUUUUCUGUAAAUAUUUGUAUGCAAAAUAAAUAUCCUGAUGUUUAACUA